AUGCGCUUAUCUGGACAGCUUCCUGCAUCUUUGGGAAAUCUCUCGUUUCUAUCUUUGUUGGACAUGAGCCAUAACCUUUUAUAUGGGAAUAUACCCAAAGAGUUGGGUCACUUGCAACGGUUAAAAACGUUACUUUUGCCCACUAAUAAUCUCACGGGUCAAAUUCCACAACAGUUAGGGAAUCUUCAUCGCUUGGAGGUGCUAGAUAUGAGUACAAACAACUUUGUUGGUUCAAUCCCAACUUCUAUUUUCAACAUCUCAACCCUUCAAAGCAUUAACCUUAAUCUAAACGGUUUAUCCGGUACCCUUCCGAAUAACCUAUGUGGCAACAUUCCAAAUCUAAUUGAACUUUAUUUAGACCGUAAUAGACUUAGUGGCCCACUACCAACAAAUUUAUCUUCAUGUUCAUGGCUUCAAUCAUUGGUGUUGCGAAGGAAUGAGUUUACUGGAUUUUUACCAAGAGGAAUUGGAGGGUUAGAGAUGCUCAGACUACUAGAUCUUGGAGUUAACAGGUUAACAGGUGAAAUUCCACAAGAAUUUGGCAAUCUUCGCAAUUUGAGGAUUUUGAAUCUACGAGCGAACCAUAUUACUGGAGUUUUACCAAAGACCAUUUUCAACCUUACUUCACUUCAACUAAUGCAAUUGCUGACAAAUAAUCUCAUUGGAUCCAUACCUAGGGAAAUAGGAAACUUAACUUCCAUUCAAGAGUUAGAUCUUUAUGAAAACUCUUUCUCAGGUACAAUACCCCAAGAAGUUAGAAGGCUUAAUGAAGUAGAGGUUCUUGAUUUUCAUUCCAAUAAUCUAAGUGGUUUGAUUCCUGAAGUCAUAUUCAACAUCACAACACUUAGAAUUAUUGACCUUUCAAUGAAUCAACAUUGGGGGAGUCUUCCUUCCACUAUAGGGCAUGCAUUACCCAAUCUUGAACAACUUUAUGUAUCUGAAACUAUGCUAAGUGGAGUUAUACCUCAAAGCCUCUCAAAUUGUUCUCAACUCUCACAUAUAAUUCUUGGAUUCAACUACUUGACUGGGUCCAUUCCAAAAUCUUUAGGAGAUCUUAGGUUCUUAAGUUUCUUUUCAGUUGUUGGAAAUGGUUUAUCAAGUGAGUCUUCAUCACCGGAAUUAAGCUUCAUAGCUUCUUUGACCAAUUGUAGAGAGUUGUACAUUUUGGAUCUGAGUUUAAAUGAUUUCCAUGGAGUUCUUCCCAAAUCCAUUGGAAAUUUUUCUUCCUCGCUACAUGACCUUGGGAUAGCGGGUAACGGGUUAAGGGGCUCAAUCCGAGGAGAGAUUGGAAAUCUAAGUGGCUUACAAACUAUAGAAAUGACUGGAAAUGAGUUGGGAGGAAUUAUUCCAGACACAUUGAAAGGAUUACAACGACUUGAACGUUUGUACUUGGGUAAUAACAAAUUAAGAGGACCGCUUCCUAGUAGUCUUUGCAAGUUGGAGAAAUUGGGGCUGAUUUAUUUAAUGGAAAAUCAAAUUUCGGGUCCCAUCCCUGAAUGCUUAGGGAACCUUAUUUCUUUACGAUAUAUACACCUCCGUUCCAAUAGAUUGAUGGGUAGAAUUCCUCCAAACAUAUGGAUCAUGAAAGACCUUUUAGAGCUUGACCUAUGUUCCAAUUCUUUGAGUGGUGCUUUAUCUCCUGAUAUUGGGAGUUUGAAGGCUAUAACCUUAAUGUGCUUGUCAGAAAAUCGAUUUUCUGGCACCAUCCCAAGCACACUAGGAAGCUUGCAAAAUUUGAUAUCUCUCCUUCUAGCAAAGAACAAUCUAAAUGGACAAAUACCAGAGACAAUUGCGGGGAUGCUAAGUUUGGAAUCAUUAGACUUGUCUCAUAACAAUCUCAGUGGUCCUAUUCCAAUGUCUCUGCAAGCCCUUAAAUAUCUUGUCCAUUUUAAUGUCUCUUUCAAUAGCUUAAGAGGCGAAAUCCCUUCCAAUGGUUCGUUUAGAAACUUCACGAGCCUAUCGUUCAUGAAUAAUGAAGCAUUAUGUGGAGCUCCAAGGUUUCAUGUCCCACCAUGCCCUAGUAUUUCAGCUCAAAGGUCAAAUAAUGGAAAAAGAAUCCAUCGAUUUAUAUAUAUGGCCUUGGGAAUUAUAGCCUCUUUUGUUGUUCUUGUUGUGGGACUAGUGAUUGUUGUUUGUCAAAAGAAGAUGAAAGGUGUUAGGAAUCAAAAUUUGUUAGCUGUGAAAACAGUGGAAAGAGUAACAUACUAUGAGCUUAUGGAAGCAACAAAUGGGUACAAUGAUAGCAAUGUUGUUGGGGUAGGGAGUUUUGGGGUUGUUUACAAGGGUGUUCUUGAGGAUGGAAGAAACAUUGCUGUUAAGGUCUUCAAAUUGCAACAAGAAGAGUUCCAUAGUACUUUUGAGGCUGAAUGCAAGGUUUUGUGCAACAUUCGCCAUCGAAAUCUCACUAAGGUCUUAAGUUGCUGUUCCAAUCCGGAUUUUAAGGCCUUAGUCCUUGAAUACAUGCCUAAUGGGAGCUUUGAGAAAUGGCUAUAUUCAGAAAAUCAUUUCCUCGACAUGAAGCAAAGGUUGGACAUAAUGAUUGAUGUGGCAAGUGCUUUAGAAUAUCUUCAUCACAAUUGUUCAACACCCGCGGUUCAUUGCGAUCUGAAACCGAGUAAUGUUCUGCUAGAUGAGCACAUGAUUGCUCAUGUUAGUGAUUUUGGGAUUGCGAAAUUACUAAACAGUGAUGAUGGCGUUUUACACACAAGGACCCUAGCUACAUUAGGCUACAUCGCACCAGGUGCACGAUGA